GAACAUAAGACAGAAAGGCAACGGACGAUCACAAAGAGAGUAGAAAAGGAGAACAAGUGCAGCGAGGGACCAGAGGAGAAGACAGAGCAGGACAAUCCGAAGCUCAAAAUGCCUCCCAACUUCGCCGGCACCUGGAAAAUGAAGAGCAGUGAGAAUUUCGAUGAACUUCUGAAAGCUCUUGGUGUGAACGCUAUGCUCCGGAAAGUGGCCGGUGCUGCUGCAGCCAAACCGCACGUGGAGAUCCGACAGGAUGGAGAGCAGUUCUACAUCAAGACCUCCACCUCCGUACGCACCACUGAAAUCAAUUUCCGCAUCGGAGAGGAGUUCGACGAGGAGACGGUGGACGGCAGGAAAUGCAAGAGUUUGGCCACAUGGGAGACGGAGAAUAAAAUGUACUGCAAACAGACGCUGGUGGAUCGAGACGGACCCGUUACAUACUGGAGUAGAGAGCUGCGCGGAGACGAACUGAUCCUGAUCUUUGGGGCAGACGACGUGGUUUGCACGCGGAUUUACGUACGAGAAUGAGGUGGCGACAGCGACCAUGAAAAACGCAACCAAGCAGCGCUACAUCCCAAGAAACCUUCUGUCUAGAAAACUAGAACCUUUCAUCGCAUGUCAGGCAGUGAACAUGCAUCCGUGCAGUGCAUUGUGGGAUUUCAUUUCUCAAUCCAUUACUUUAAUCGUCAUUCUGUUUGUUUCUCUCUCUUUGUCCAUUUCGAGCACAGAUGUGUGUAUUGCAAACAAAAACAGUAAUAAAAAUGGAACCAAAUAUCAGAUUA